GUAAAACAGUCGUAAGAAAACUGCGUCCAAGAUGUCCGACCGUUGAUUUCAAGGUAAUCUACUCAUGUUCACAUACUGUACGUAUAUUCAUAUGUGGGUUCCUUCCGGUUUAAUCAUGUAGGAUUUAUUGCGGCCAGCACUAGCCAAAUGAAGAAAAAAAAAACGAAUUGUUCGAGAACUGCACAUCACAACUGUGCAGUUAACGUGGCCUCAAUUUGAUGUUACUUUGUAACUAUAACAUUGAUAAGAUUCCUGCAACAUUAUCUGCUUUUCAUAGACAAGUAUUCUUAGCGUGGUCAUUAAUAUAUAAACAUAAUUUCCCCCACAUAGGUAUUUCAUUUGGAACAAUAAGGACAUUUUGUAUAGAAACAAGUCUUGAAUUUUUAAGAACUGGUUCAAUAAUCAUAUCCUCCUGGUGAGUCAACUUUUUUUUAUCUCGUUACAAUAUCCCUGUAACACCUGGAGUUCGCCAUAGUCUUUGAUGCUAUUCCAUCUGGAACUCUCAUGUUAUUUAGAGGUGUAGCCAGACCUCACCUCCUUGACCUACCCUCGCUUAAUCCAGUUGACUCUCCAAUAGGGAAAAUAUGUUUCUCCUUGCUCCCUCAGAACAACAGAUCUAUACGUGCUUUUUUCAAAGGGAUAUUAUAUCCAUUCCUUAUGUCACAAGUUACUGGAAUACAUUGGUCACUAAUAUCUGUUGGGGAAAAGUCUGGUUAUUACCACACAUGCUUGCUUGUUAACAAGGUCAAAGAGGUCUCUUUCAGAAUGAUCCAUAAAUAUUACCCUGCGAAUCAUUACCUGAAGAAAAUCAAAAAAGACAUUGAUUGUACAUUGAUUGUACUUUUUGUGUUGAGCAUCCAGAAACAGUUUCGCAUUUAUUUUGCCAUUGUCUACAUGUAAAACAAUUAUGGAAAGAUAUUCAGUUUUAUAAUUGUUAAUAUUCUUGAUGACUUUUGUUUUUUUAUGGGAGAAUGUGCUGCUCUGUCUCCUUAACCAAAGAUAAAGAAAAACAAUUUUACAUCGUAAAUGUAAUUGUGCUAAUGGUAAAAAUGUCAUAUUCAUAAAUGUAAAUUCACUGAUAAAAAACACCCUUCCGUGUUUUCUAUAAGGAAUUCGAGUAGUACAUUAAGACCAUUCAACAUUAUUCUAAUAAGAAAGCUGUUAAAACAAUAAAUAUGUGUGUGUUUUUUUUUGGUCUUUGUAUAAUCUGUAAUUUGUUGUACCCCCUAGCAUAUGUUAUCAUUGUCUAUUUGUGUACUUGUAUGUAUACACACUAUUCUACAUUAGAAAAAAAAAGAGUGCAGUUAAACUCGGUCUCGCGGUACUUUUUACCUCAGGUUGAACAAGGGGGUAGGUACGCUAGAUACCUAGUGGUUUUGUCUAUGACAAAAGUAUAUCAGAUGAACGUUAGCUACCUAUAAACACUUAUUUUAACAAUAUAUAAAUACUUUUAAAAUAAUUGACAGUACUGUAAAAUUAGGCCGCUAGCUACUGGAAAUUAGCUAACGACAAACCAACAACGUUCACGAUGGCAACUGGAAAGAUGUGUAGUAGGCCAAAAAAACAGGAGACAGCAGAGUGGACCAGCUUAUUUCAAAACGAACUGAAAACUGAAGAAAAGUCCCUGGUCUUUGUGAAGCGAAUGAUGGCCCUCGCCGUUUCUUCCAUCACAUAUCUCAGAGGAAUAUUCCCAGAGGACGCCUACAGAUCUCGAUAUCUAGAAGAUUUAUGCAUCAAAGUUUUACGAGAAGACUGCACAACACCUGGUGUCUGCAAAAUUGUAAAGUGGCUGAUGGGGUGCUUCGACGCAUUAGAGAGAGGAUAUCUUCAGGUUGUGUUCAUUGGGGUCUGCACCAAUCCAGAUAAUCCCAACUGCAUCAUCGAGUCAUACCAGUUCAAGUUCACAUACACAGACAAAGGACCACAGAUGGACAUUCUGAGAAACCAGAAUGUCGAGAUGCAGAUCACGAUGGAGGAUACCAAGAAGGCCUCUGUCCUCUUGAUCAGGAAGCUGUUUCUCCUCAUGCAGAACUUGGACGUGCUCCCCAAUGAUGUCUGCCUCACCAUGAAGCUCUACUACUUUGACGACAUCACCCCUGCUGACUAUGAGCCUCCAGGUUUCAAGGAGGGGGUGAACGACAACCUGUGGUUCGAGGGCAUGGCGGUGCACUUCAGAGUGGGUGAGGUACACACCCCUUUCCACGCCCUGAAGGUGAGGGUGGCGGCGGAGCAGGGCCGUGUGGAGAAGCUGCAAGAGGAGAACUACCUGAAGGAGAGUCAGGUCUCCACGGCUAUGCAGAGGACUCUGCCAGGGCUGGCGCCAACCGGUGCACAGGAUCCUGACAAUGAGAGAUACAAAGAAGAUGACUUUCCCUCUGAAGAUGAGUCUGCACAGUUCAAGAAACCCAAGAAACCUGUGGCAAAGGUAAGUGAGUUUGUGGGCAGUUGGUUGGUUGUGGUCAACAAUGGUUUGCGUGUUGUGUUUUUGGAGGAAGAGAAGAUGGAGCUACAUGAGCAACAGCUCAAUGGUGUAAAAACUAUAUUCUUUCAAACAGAGUAAAGGUGCUGCCAAUAAACUGGCAAAGAAAAAAGGAAGAAAAGAGCAAUAAUUUUUUUUUGAUGAAGACAGCAAUGAAGACCCUACUUUUUCAGCUUCCUGUCAGACACAGUAAACAUGAAUGUGGAUCGAGGACGUAACUUCCUCAUUAGAUUACAAGGAUUUUACUCACCAAGCAUGUUUACAUGAAUAUUUAAUUUCUAUGCCUGUUUGAACAUUUUUAAAACCCGAGUAGUAAAGCCAGCCUUACGGUAUUUAUUUUGCAGUUCAUUGCCUGUACAACACAUAAUAUAUAUCUACAAUAUCUUAGACAUUUCUAAUAUAUUUUCCCAUUCAUAGGAAAAUCAAUUCCAUUUGUUUUAUUGUAGCUGUAUAUUUUUUUAUACUUUGUUCUUUAACUUUUCUUUUUUAUGAAAUUAAUAAAAAAAACUUAUGACAUGCUGGUUCCAUAUGUGAUGCCUGAAAUAUACAAUAUUGUAAGUAUGAUAUUUAUGGAAUUAAAGCUUUACUUCAAAGCCCAUUUAUAAACUUGUCAUGCAUAUUAAUGAAGAAAUGAAAAAGGGUGAAAUGAAAAUACAUGCACACAGCUUUGAAAUGGUAAACAUUGAUUUGGUGAUACAUACAAAGUACAAGUAAAAAUACAAUUGUACAAAGAAAUGGGGCAGCAGGUAGCCUAGCAGUUAAGAGGUUGGGACAGUAACC